UGUGCUAGAGCAGGUGCCAGAUGUGAUUACGGCAUAUAUUUAGGAGCCAGUGCUGACAACUAUCCUUACUUACACAGACUCUCAAGUCAAUCUUUUGCACUUAAAAUGUAUUUAAAUAAAACUUUCACUUCACUAAGACUUGACUCAAUGGAGUCUUGGAUCAAACAUUUUGAGAAUUGGUCCUCUGAUCGAGUUAUUUGUGUUCACGCCGAGGAAAGGACAACAGCUGCUGUCCUACUCUUAGCUGAACUAUACAAGAAGCGUGUUCACGUCUGCCAUGUAGCAAGAAAAGAGGAAAUUAUCAUCAUUCGUGCUGCUAAAGAGAAAGGUCUUCCUGUCACGUGUGAAGUGGCUCCUCAUCAUCUCUUCCUCACUCAUGAGGAUGCCGUGAGACUCGGAGGAGGGAAAGGAGAAGUCAGGCCUUGUCUGGUGACUGCUGAAGACCAGGAGGCUCUCUGGGAGAACAUGGACAUCAUUGAUAGCUUUGCAACUGACCACGCUCCACACACUUUAGAAGAGAAGGAGAGCUCUUCUCCCCCACCUGGUCUCCCUGGACUAGAGACAAUGCUUCCUCUAUUGCUAACAGCUGUCAGUCAGGGAAGACUCACCAUUGAUGAUGUCAUUCUCAGACUCUAUACCAAUCCUAUGAAGAUAUUCGGACUCCGCCCACAACUUGAUACCCACAUUGAGGUUGAUUUAGACGAAGAAUGGAUAAUACCCGAUUCUCUUCAAUACUCAAAAGCAAAAUGGACACCGUUUGCCGGUAUGAAAGUCAAAGGUUGUGUCAAACGAGUCGUCUUACGUGGAGAAACAGUUUUUGUUGACGGCAAGGUCCUUGCCGAGCCUGGCUAUGGUCAAGACGUGAGACUCCAGCCUCCUCUCUCUCCCCCUCUCUCGUCAGCAAGGGGUGUGGCUAAGACUCAUUAUCACCAGUCGGGCGGAGUUGAGUCAGCCAGUGAUGGUCCUGAGGUGGGGUCCCUCCCUAACAGGACGCGGCACGACUCUGAACCCACUGGGAUCAAAGUAUUGGAUGCUCCAUCUUCUCCUCACAAGCGGUUCAAUUCCCCCUUGCGUGGGCGACUUCGCUCCCCCAGCCCAUUAGAUUAUCGUCCUCAGACUCCGCCCUCUUUUGAUUUGCAUUCCGACACGUCGAGCUCCGCCUAUAACGACACCUCGGCAUUACCAUGGCAACCCAUGUUUUACAAGCGUAACAUAUUGUCAGUCAGUCAGUUUAAUAAAGAGCAGCUUCAUUAUUUAUUUAACUUGAGUCAAGAGAUGAGGAAAAGGGUUAAGAAACAUGGCUGCCUUGACAUAUUGAAAGGUAGAGUCUUAGGUUCUAUGUUUUAUGAGGUUAGU